CAUAAAAUUUUGAAGAUUGUUUUGUCAGGUUUUGUGUCAACGUCGUGUGAUGAAAAUUCCAUUUUUGCAAUUUCAAUGACGUCAUGCGGUCAAUGUCUUUCCUCCAGCAUAGUUAAUACCGGAAAAUGAUUUUGCGUCUUCGAUGAUGCGUAGCACUUAAAUGUGAUAGUUUGCUAUUCCAUCAAUAUCUAGCUCAUGAACAGGUAUCAUUUAGUUAAACUCUUGAUGGUAGGAAAUUGGCAAUAUUCGGAUAAACUUGUAUCGAUAUUUUGGAAGGGCGAUAAGUUCAUGCUGUCUUAGAUGCGCGUGACGAUUAUUCUGACAUUCGUAUAAACGACCAUGUAUAAAUAAAGAUGGUGCUUCAGGCCUAUAAUGCAACGGUUGGUAUUCUAUACUCUGAAUGUUAGUGAGUUGGCGACGCAAGUCACCCAAGAAACCAAGCUCUAAGUACACCGUACGUCUUCAGUUGUUGUUCUAUGGUCAAAUAAACGACGUGAUGAUUUUAAUGAUGUAUUGUCUGCGCUCCCAUUUUCCUGCUUCAUGAAGUUUCAACAAUACGUAAUUUGAUAAAGUGAUAAUUGUCACGAAUGGCGAACCACGUGAGAUCGCGUUGGCACGUGGGCUUUCCACGACGCCAGAGAAGCGUGGACUAUGAUUUAUCAAGUGAAGUCAAUCGUGCUGCACAUUUUGCCCUGGCCAGACUGAAACCCAUUGAUGAGCAAGACACAACAGAUUUGCAACGAGCAGGGACCGUACCCGAUGUGAGUGACGUUGACGAAAACGGGAGUAAGGUGCAAAAUAGUUUAGCUGAUCAAAUGAAACUGGCGGCAAUUUAUGACGACCAAAGAAUGAUCAAUAAUAUUUUGAGAGAGAAAACAAGUGACCGUGAAAUUCAAAGAUUACUCUCGAAAACUGAUGAAAGAGGACAACCAUGUAUAUUUUACGCUUUGGAGUCGCGAAGUCUUAAUUCUCUUACUUCCUUGUUAAAUUACGUAAAAGACACCAAGUGUGUGAUAGCUAAGAACGGGGAGAGUGUACUUCAUGUAGCCACGAGAAUGGGUGACGUAGAUUUUCUUCAUAACUUGUUGCAACAUGACUUCAUUGUUCAUCUUGUGAACCAUGUUGAAAGCGUGAAUGGUCGAUCGCCACUUCAUUUUGCCGCAACGUUCAACCAUGUUGAGAUCGCCAAGGUGUUGCUAGAACACGGUGGAAAGAUAACAGAGGUUGAUAUCACAGAAAGAUGUCCAUUGUACAUUGCUGCUAAUAAAGGACAUGCUAAUAUGCUUGAACUUUUCCUGAAACACGAAAAAAGCAGAGUGCAAGAGUUAUUGUUCAGCGAGGAUUAUGGUGGCAGGUAUUACCGCAAUAUACUUCAUGUUGCUGUGGACAGUGGAGAUGAAUGUACUGUACAAGUUUGUCUGCAAGAUGAAGAUGUGAUUCGUGAAGAUUUGCGCGAAGAAAUCAGACAUGGAGAUGGUUAUUUGAUUCAUGCGGCUUGCAAAAAUGGCAUGAAGAAGAGUUUAUUUCGAUUUAUGGAUGUGAUGAGACAUUUGGACUUACUUCAGUUGAACAGAAAGGAUAAACAAGGAUUCACUCCGAUUCAUAAAGCCGCAAUCAAUAAUCACAGUGGUAUUGUCUCUUACAUUGGAUCAAAAUCCAAGAUUUUUGUCAAUGAAAAGACGGAAAACUCCCAGUCUGCCUUGGUCCUUGCCGCUCAACGUGGUCAUGUUCGUGUCGUUGAAGAACUGCUUAAAUUGAAAGCUGAUUUUACCAUUCGUGAUGACAGCAAUAGAACGGUUCUUCACUAUGCAAUUGCAUAUCCUGAAACAUUGAGAAUUUUGCUGAAGAAAAAAGAUCUCGUGCCGUUGCUUAUUAACGAGAAAGAAAUAGACGGUUAUACUCCCAUUCAUAAUGCCGCCUUAAAAGGAUUACUUGAGAGUGUCCGUAUUUUGUUAGAAUAUAACGCUGAUCUGAAUGUCUUCACGAACACUUCUCGUUCGCCAUUACAUUGCGCUGUUAGUUCACAGAACUCUGAUGUGGUUGAAUUAAUCCUAGCCAAUGAACCAGCUUUGAUCAACAAGGUCGAUGCCACAGGGAAAACGCCGCUCCAUACAGCAGCGAACUACAGUAGCCCAGAGGUCGUCAAAUGUCUUCUGAAUAACGGAGCACUUAUACUGAGGGAUGGAAAUAUGUUUAGUCCACUUCACAUUGCUGCGUUCAAAGGACAUCUUAAUAUUGUUGAAUUGUUGGUGAUGUUCAAACCUUCCAUGAUCGAUUGGGAAAAUAAAUACAAACGAACAGCAUUGCUUACAGCAGCUGUGAAAGGCAAAGCAGAUGUUGUGAAGUAUUUGCUAGAUAACAUGGCGGCAAUUACAGAAGAUUAUGAGUUCUUUAACUGCUUGGAUUGGACCAUCAUAAAUGACGAUACAAAAAGCGCUAUGGUGAUGAUGUGUCAUGAUAGAUGGAAAGAGAUUAUUUUCAAGACAAAAAAUGGUACAGAAGGAACGAUGGCGAAGUUGGUUUCUAAGAAUAUGUCCGAAGUGGCGUAUCGAGCUCUUUCUAACAGCAUGAAAACCACAGGUCACCCAGAGAGUAUUGAUCAUUUGGUUGCAUACGACUUUUUGUGUUUACAAAAUACAGUUACAAACAAGAGAGGUAAAAAACUCAAGCCAUUAACCGCCAUCAAAGCGAUGUUGCGAAAUAGCAGUUACCAAUGCCUAUGUCAUCCUGUUUGCUGUAAAUACCUUAAAGCCAAAUGGAUGGAAUUUGGAUGGAAAGUGUACACAACAAGUUUUAUGUUUUAUUUCUUGUUUUUGGUUUCUCUUAACGUCUACGCGUUUGGAAUUCCUUCAUAUAAGGCGUCUGUUGGCAAAGAUGAAUUACCAAAUGCGUCGAUAAAUGUUAAGGUAGCGAUGCUUAUCUGCCUCAUAUCUGCUGGCGUUCAAACAUUGAAAGAAAUCGGUCAGUUAUUCGUUUACAAAUUCAAUUAUUUUAUGGACAAAGUCAACUAUUUGGAAUGUGUUCUCUACGUAUCAACAUUCAUCUUUGCUGUACCAAGUAACGACAGUAUGUCUGUAAAGACAAGUUUUCAAUGGAUGGCCUGUUCUGUAGCGUUAUUCUGUGCUUGGAUAAAUCUUAUUAUGUAUCUAAGAAGGUUUGCCUCCUACGGUAUAAUUAUUCUCAUGAUGAGAAAAAUUUCCUUCACACUAAUCAAGGUCAUGGGUCUCUUAAUAUUUUUCUUGGUCGCUUUUGCUGCCGCUUUUACAGUAAUAAUGAAUGAUAGACAGGGAUUUGAGUGGUUUAGCGUGUCUAUCUUAACUGGAGCAACAAUGACGAUGGGAGAGUUUGAUUUUAAACAGACAUUUCUCGGUGACCACUCUGAUUACAACACAUUUUAUCCAUUACAGUUGGUCCUCCUUGUUGGUUUUCUUGUCGUUAUGCCUAUCAUUAUUAUGAACCUUCUGCUUGCCCUUGCCAUUGAUGAUACCAGUAGCAUUAUGCAACACGCUAAGCUGCAGAAACACAUUCAAACGGCGAACAUGAUAAUUGACAUAGAACGGAAAAGGUCUUCAUUUCCAUGGCGAAGUAGAAAAACACUCAUACCUUGUUUACAGGAGAGACCCAACAAGACAUACAACUUUACCCGCGCCGUUUGGGAUUUUAUAUUUUACGGUCCUGAUUUUUCUACCAAUGUAGUCGAUGAGAGCCGGGAAGAAAUGGGAAAGAAACAAGACAUGUCAACGUUGAUUGAAAUGGUGAAAGAACUGCAAAGGCAGAAUGCUGUUUUGCAAAAUAAAAUGUUAGAGAUUCAAAACGAGUUUACAAUGGAAAGGAAUCGUAGAUCAAUCGAGUAUGUCCGAAUGAGUCAAGAUAAACAAAACGCUACUACUCAAUUUCGAGGUUACAGUGAGAGCAUAGAAGCCUUUAAUCCAGAGGAGACAAGAGCUGAGUCUAAGCGAAAAGCUUGGGGAAGAGUACAAAACGAUCAUAAGAAAUUCGGUGUACCGAAUACAAGUGACUAUGGCGUCGGUGAUGAUUUGAAGUAUUCUGAAGGAGAUUUUGACGAAGAGAGAGAAGCAAGAGAGAACGAUCCCGAAUUAAAUGAAUUAAAGAGACAGCAUAGUCAAAUGGAUACAUAUGAAGAUAAAGAUGGGGUAGCCGUUCAUGAUGAUGUAACAAUUUCUGUGAAUGAAAAUGAGGCUGAAGACAGUAGACUAUUUAAUAAUAAUGAUAAACUGUCAAUGAUUCUUCGUACUGAUUCCAGUGUUGUCUGAAAUGCUGAAACAGCAAAUCCUUAGGAACUCAUUCCACCGAGUUAACCACAAUAUGCUCUUAUGGAAACUGUCUUCAAUAUAGUUAGAGAUUUCCCCAAAGUGGUAGCGCAUGAUUUUAACAAGAUGUGUCAUUUUGGCAGCAAGAAAAUAGUUUUAAUGUGUUAUAAUUCUAGAAUACAAACCUUACUAACGCCCAUGGCAUGAUCUUUGGGCUUAGCGCAGCGUAGCAACUGUACCUUUUUUUUUAUAUGCAUAAAAAAUGUUAAAUAAAGGUUCCAAAACCAA